AUGUCAAGCGAACCCCAUAACAAUGCGCGUGGGCGAUCUACGUCUCGUUCGAGAACAUCGCGGCCGACUACACCAUUGCGCCCAUCCUCGCGCUCCUCCUUUCGCGAGUCGGCAAGAGCGAGCACCGGGCCAGAUGCUGAUGCAUUCCCUCUUGCCACGUUCGAGCCUGCAUUUGCCGAGCUCUCUGAUGCCAUGGCCGACUUGGAGGCCAAUAUGAUGCACUUUCAGCUCAUGCAUGAAAGUUUGUCACGCUUCAGCGAGUCGUUCGCGAGUUUCCUCUACGGGCUGAAUAUGAAUGCUUUUUGUGUCGAUUUUCCUGAAGGACCUGUUGCCGAAUCAUUCCGUCGAGACGGGCAACAUGUUGAUUUGCAAGGUAAGGAGCAUCAUCUCACAAUCAAAAACACGCAAGAACCCGGACGAGGCGACGAUGAUGGAGAAACAACGUUCAUGUUAGUUGACUACCGACACGUCUUUCAUCGACAACCCUCCACCAUCCUCCAGACCUGUUGCAAGGCAUAA